AUGAAAAUUCCCUUUAAGGAAAAACUUGAAAAGUUGGAUCACAAAAAGGUCCUUAAAAUAUCUCUCGUCUUGGCAGUCUCGGGACUUUUUAUGUCACUCAUCUUUGUACCGACUCUCGUAAAUACAAUUGUAAAGUUCUUGACGAUCCUCAAGCCCGGACGAUUUAUUCGUAGUAAGCACGAGAAACCUGUUGUGUUCAGAUACAAAAUCUUUUUGUGGAAUGUUACGAAUCCCGAUGACAUUAUGUAUAAUCGUGCGAAGCCCAAAUUACAAGAAGUUGGUCCCUAUGUAUUUGAACAAACGAAACAAAAAGUUGAAACUUUCGACAACGACACGGAAGACAGUUACUCCUUCGACCUCAUUAACGUAUAUCGCUUCAGCAAAGAACUCAGCUAUCCUCUAACUGGCGAAGAGCAACUAAAUAUGUUAAAUUUAGUCCUUGUUAGUGGCAUGGUCAAAAUUUUCGAGGAACGUCCGCAUUUGUUAGACACUGUAAUGCGAGGCAUGGACUUGGUAUUUGACAACCCAAAAUCUAUCUUUCUGUCCAUGACAGCAGACGAAUUUAUUCACAACGGAAUUUUUCUCAAUUGUGACCAGCACGAGUUUGCAGGAAAGGCUGUUUGUGCGGAAUUCCGCGAUACAAAAACCCUCAAAAUGAUCGACGGUGACAAAACUCGUCUGCGAUACAAGUGGUUCGAUAAGCUAAACAAUUCUGUUCAAGCACGUUAUACGCUGCUACGUGGCAAUCGCGACACGAACGAUAUCGGAAGAAUAAUUAGAGUUAAUGACGAACCAAUGCAAAAUAUUUAUAAACACGAUAGCAAGUGUAAUGUAAUUAACGGCACCGAUAAAACCUUUUUUCCGCCAUUUCAACGGAAACGCGAAACGAUUUGGGUGUAUUCGCAUGACGCAUGCAUUUCAUUUCCCAUGGUUUACUCGCAUUCGCAGUUUUUGAAAGGGGCUCACACUGCUUUCAAGUCACUUUAUUUGUCGGAUCCAUUGAUGAGUCCAAAUUGCAAUUGUAACCCAUAUACCGGAUGCAAAAUUCCCAAAGGUACGAUAGACAUGCAUUCCUGCCUCGACAUUUUUGUUCUUGGAAGUUUUCCGCACUUUUAUUUGGCCGAACCGAGUAUUUUUGAGACCAUUGAUGGAAUGGAACCCCAAGAAAAUAUUCAUCGAACUGGAAUUUUCUUUGAUUUGUUGACAGGUGUUCCAGUUCUCUCUUUGGAGCGUUUUCAAGUGAAUUUUCGUCUUAAGCGAAUUCUGAAAUACCCAAUCAUGGCAAAUCUACCCUACGAUGUUUGGAUUCCUGCGUUUUGGUAUGAAGAGACCUUCACUCCGUUGAAACCUGAUUUGGCACUCAUGGUUUUCAGUCAAAUAGCAAAGUUUUUGGGAAUCUUUAGUGGAUAUAAUCUAUUUGUCAUUGGAUUACUGGGAUGUGGUCUGGCAGGUGCCAAACAUUUCUUAACGAGAAAUCACAGUCAACCUUUGGGCAUUAGUACCAUACAACAAGUAAAGUCGGUAGAAACGGAAAAAGCUGACGAAGAUGAGAACGAUGUCUCAGAAAUGAAUAAUUACAAUAGAAUCAACUACAUGCCAUAA